AAAAACGAUUGUUCAAAAUUGGAUAAAAUUCGAUGGCCUAUAUAAACUGAUGGAUUGUUCCAAAAAAGUCACAGUCGUCUUGCAGCUCAUCAAGUAUCCAACCAACAACCAAGCCAACCAACUGUGACAAUGAAGGUCUUCGUCGCUCUUCUGUUCACGACUCUAGUCGCUGCCUCUCAAGCGUCCUAUCUGCCAUCGGCUUGGUCGUACGACAAUGGCUUGAACUCCUGGAACGGACACCUCGGCGGCUAUCCCUAUGCCAGUGGACUGUCCGCAGGUUGGCCAGCGACCUCUGUCUACGGUGGCCUGUACGGUGGACACAAGACUGUAGUCCAAGCCAACCUGGGCCAUAACGCCUAUCCUUAUGCUGGAGCCUGGUCCGGUGCCGGAUGGCCAACGACGUCCGUGUUCGGUAGUCUCUAUGGUGGGCUGUACGGAGGACACAAGACCGUGGUGCAGGCCAACCUUGGCCACGAGACCCCCUAUCCGUGGGGUCAGCCAUGGGGAACGUACGGAGCCGGUGUGUACGGAGGUGCUUGGGGACAUCACGGACUGGCCCAGACUGUGGUGCCAGUGUCGAAGCAGAUCGCGGCUACUCCAGGGUCGGUUCAUGUAGCCGCGGUCCCAGUUGGUGGUGAGAAGGUCGUUGUAGUUUAAUGCAGACGAUAAGAUGAAAAAUAAAGUGACUCAUACUUUUU